AUGGCUGGUGUUCUAAGAGAUAAAGAAAACCCUGUGGUUUUUUUUGAUAUUACUAUCGGUGGACAUAAAGCUGGUAGAAUUAAAAUUGAACUAUUCAAAGAUGUUUGCCCAAAAACUGCAGAAAAUUUUAGAUAAAUGUGCACUGGAGAAUUCAAGAGAUUUGAUUAACCUGCAGGCUUUAAAGGUUGCACAUUUCAUAGAAUUAUUAAAGAUUUUAUGAUCCAAGGAGGAGAUUUUAUAAUGAAUGAUGGAACUGGAAAUGUAUGCAUUUAUGGGGAAAGAUUUGAUGAUGAAAAUUUUAUUUUAAGACAUGAUGAACCUGGGUUGCUUUCUAUGGCUAACUCUGGACCAAACACUAAUGGAUCUUAAUUCUUUUUAACAUGCAACAAGUGUGAGUGGUUAGAUGGAAAACAUGUAGUCUUUGGAAAAAUUAUAGAUUAAGCUAGUAUGUAGGUCUUAAGAAAAAUAGAAAAUACUCCUGUUGUAGGAUAAACUAACAAGCCUAAAGUUCCAGUUGUUAUUGAGGAAUGUGGAGAAUUGUGA